GUAGAGGCAACAGCUGUGAUUUGUGUGCAAAUCACCACAUAAGAAACUAACAUUUACUCUUAAAUAAAAGCGAACAAAAUGCUGGAAAAUUGCCAAAGACAUCAUAUGCUGUUGGGACUCGGAGCCCUUACUGUGGUUACCAUACUUGUGCUCAUCAUCGAAUCCCGUUAUGCUGCUGACGGUAAUCAGAUGCGUCGCCGUGGUCAACAAUUCAUCAUAGAAAACAACUCUACAACAAAUUGCUGGAAACACGAGCCGUACACAGUAGUGAAGGAAUGUCAUCCAUGCUCUGAAUUCGAAUUAGUCAGCCGCAGUCUAGGAGUCUGUAUACACACACACUACAAGGAAGUGUUGCGCUGCAAAAGUGGAGAAACUGUGACCAAAAGCUGCGAUCGAGUUGCGCUCAUAGAGCAGCGCAACUUUAUGAAGUUCGAGGCAUUUAGCUUUGUGCUGGGCGUACUCAGCUAUCUCGUGAGCUACGCACGAGAUCGUGUACUUAGCAGGCGCAACUACAUGCGGAUAGAAAGACAACUAAACAGAGUGAAAUAGCUACGCCAGCUCCUUAGUCA